UGACAUAGGAGCACUUCCUCACGGAGAUGCGAGUAUAGUUUGUGGUGUUGAUGGUCUAAGCAUGCCUCGUGGAUAAAAAUUAUUGUGGGACAUGUGAUUUUCUCGAAUAACUCUUGGACAUUACACAAGAAGCUGGAAAAUGGGUGCUAAAAACGCCAAACACCGGGGCCCAGAAGGGGAUACCACCUCGUACCCAUCACCCAAAAAGUCACCCAAGCGCUCACACCGUACAUCUCGGUCUUCCAGCCGAGAACGAACCCCUUCACCAGUUGCCAGCCGCAAGGAGGCACGAGACCAAGAUGUAGAGGUACAAGAGGAGGUCCAACAGCCUAUAACGGCCCGCCGUACAGAAACCCGCCCAGAACGGCCACAGUCACAUCGCGCGUCUCGAGAGAAUGGAGUGCGAGAAUCCAUGGAUGUGGACGAUCACAAAGAAAACGUGCCAGAAAUAGACAGUCAGAUUAUUGUAGAGAAAAUGUCUUCUAGUCCUAGGACUCCUGCGAAAAUGGUGAACGGACACGAUAAACAAUCGGAGCCCUUUACGCCGUUAAAUGUGAAUGAUUCGCGGAUUUCUAACCAUCUCCCUCAAGCCACAUCCACUCCAGCCCCGAAUGGGAUCUUAAGCAACAUGAAUGGACCAAUGAGUCCAGACUCUGAUGCUGACCACACAGACGUCAGUGAUGAUGAGGCCUUCACCCCCACAGAUCAACAGUUUCAGUUCAAUGACCGUAGUCCCAGUUCCGGUUCCUUGGUUUCCCAGUCCACCGUCAGCAGCAGCAAGCGCUCACAGUCGGAUUCCUUGGACAGGAGGUCGGAGGUCAACUAUGGCAGAUUCUACACUUCCAGUUACUUGGAGAAAGGCAAACAGAACUAUAUGAAGCGUGCCUCACUAAACCCCACCCCCAAGUCUCAACUCAAAUCGCCUCACUUCCACAGACCAGCAAACUUUUCAUAUUCUAAGGAGGCUCCAGAUUUCCUCAAAAACUGCAAAAAAAGUGGUAUGGCUCAGCUGGCCACGAGUACCAAGGUGGUUGUGAAGCGUACCCGUCGUGCCUCGUCACCCGGUGACUUGAAGAAUGAAGAGGCUGUUCGUAUGAGCAUGUUCCCUGCGGCAAAACCUCCCAAACCUAAUGAGGUGACCAAGAUAGAACGUGAGGAUUGGCCUGGCCCUCCGUCUCCCGCUGCUAUUCUACCUGAGCUUAUGAGAGCGAGACGAAAGAGUCGUGGAGAGGUGGAGGAUGACGAUGAGGAAGAGGUUAUUGAGGAUCCCAAGAUCCAGAAGGAAAUCGAUGAACUCUCAAAGUUCAAGGAUACGUCUGGGAUUGGGUCCAUCAUUUACAAGGAACUGGAGGAAAGGAGGGUCAUGCCAGUUAAGGCGCUCGAUCCAUGGAAGUCGUCGCGGGCCCCUAAUGCCAAAUAUGAGCCCAAAUACGUUACUAGAUACCAGUCACCUAUGUUCGCAUCUCCCUCCAGAUUCCUUGACCGGCCAAGGAGGUCUUGGGAUGAUACUGACCUCCGGCGAGGCUACAGAACCAUCUCCACAAUGGCUAACUAUCCAGUGGCAAAGCCUGGUUAUGGAUCGUACAGUCUGACCCCACGGGCGGCUACCCUCCCACUCUCGGGCGUGUAUGGGGGUGUAUUUUAUAACUACAAUAAUUAUCAUUAUUUCGACUUUGAUGACUCUGACGUAACACGACACCGACCAUCAGCUUAUACUUCCACAUCCACAGUGAACACAGAUCAUGGAUCCCGUAGUCAUAUUUCCAGUAUACAUGAGGGACCGGGACUAUCACUUUUGACGUUACAACGGAGCACAUGGCAUACAGAAGCUGAACCACCUACUUACCCAUAUGAAAAAUUAAAGAUUUCCAAUUUUGAGCUGCCAAAAGACACAGAUAGGAAUAUGCUAGAGAUCCAUCUUGUGCAGGAAGAUUUCGAGGAUUUAUUUAAUAUGAACAAAGAAGAUUUUUCCCGUCUGGCAGAGUGGAAACGUAAUGAUCUGAAAAGAAAGGUUGAUCUGUUCUAAAAUAGCCAGAUAUUUUGGAAAGAAGAAUGUCAAAGUGUGGUUCUGGUACCAUUCAUCACCAAGUAUUCACAUACUGUAUAUAGGGGACAACCUACGGCUGUAACCAUGGUAACAACACAGUGUUGUGUCGAGUCAUAUAGCCCAAUGCAGUGAUCUACUUGUGUUGAGUACAAUUGAGUGGGAAAAUAUACUUGUGUUAAGCACAACCAAAUGCAGUAUAAUAGUUCUGCUAGUAUAUUAGUGUACCACACCUGUGCACAUUACAACCACGCUGUAUUGCCCCCACACAAGACAUAUAGCCUACAUGCACUGUUCCGGACCCGUAGUCCACACACAAGACAGAUAUUCCACACACCUAUUGGUCAGAACAAUAAUCCACACUGGGGACGAUGAGCCACCCUGAAGGAUACCUGUGUAUAUAAGGUGCUGAAUGUUACACUGGUGAACAGAAACUUGAGUGCUAACUGUUAAAGUUGCUGUUUGUCUGGUGAUUGUUGGUGGGGUAUUUGGCAAUAUUUAUUAUUAAAUGUUAAUCUUCUGUGGUUGUUGUCCCAGACGAGUAUAGCCCAGUACAGUGAUAUUACAUAACCUGUAUGACAUGAACAGGUACCUUAACACUGAGGCUGCAAAUCUGUGUACCCUCCCUACGGUAUUCUUAUUUGUUGUGGAUAAUGUUUCUGCAUUGCCUCAGACAUAAAUAUGAUUUCUUUCCUGCAAAUUAUGCAUCUUGAAAGUUACAAAAUCUGACAUUUACAGUAGUCUGAUUUUUUGUCGGAACAAAAAUUCACCACAGCAUAUGUCAAUUAUAUAUGCAAGCAUAACAAAUGUUCACAUUCAAACAAAAGCUUGUAAAUCAAGAGCAAGCAAAAACGUUUGUUAAAUCAUAAACAAACAAAGGCUUGUCUUUGGGGCAACGGAACAUACAGCAGAACUCAUAGCAGGAAUCCCACAGUAUUUGUACUGCCAACUAGAGACAUUCAAGAGAGGGAGAGAGUUGUCAAAUAUGUUUGAGGGUUUUAAACAUAAUUAGAUUACAUGGGAGAAUUAUUGUUUGAAAUUGCUUAGACCAAAGAUUAUUUAUUACUUCAAUUAAACUGAUUUUUGUUUUAAUCAAAUUAAGAUGAUACAUGAAAGGUGCAUUAUUUUUGUGGGAGGUCGAAGACUUAAUAUGCUGUCUAUCAAACAUAUCAACUAGGUAUUACAGGCAUUCUAUGGACUUGUGGAAUGGAACACGUUAAAAAAUAUCAUCAUCAUUUAUUAAAUGACCUUUGACCCAGAUGAGUGACCUUGACUUUCUUUUGCCAUGAGUUCAUUCCAGUACUUUUCCAUUGUUUCACAGCUGUCCAUACAGUGUACGACGGGUCAAAGGUCAGAAAAGAUUGGUCAUCAUUUUGGACAUAUUCAUACUGUAUUUGCUGGAUAAAUAUUUGUGUUACUUUAAAUGCACGGUAGUGAGUUUUUAAGCAGUUUAUUUGGUUGCUAGGUUACAAUUAGAAUACGAAAAAAUGAUACAUAGUUACAGGGUCAAAAUUAGGGUAGCCAUGGUUACUACAGGGGAACAAACAGGAAGGUAGACUUAGAGACAAUACACCAUAGAAAUAGUAGCAUUUGUGUAUAUAUAGUCAGUUAAGUAACAUGAGCUGUUUGUACAUACAGAGUAACCUCCCUUGGUCUAAAAAACACGAAAAAACAAUAGUACAAGUGUGUGUAGCUUUUAUGUGUCGAGAUGUUGGUGUCCUCAUGUUGGGUUUGUCUUUACAUUAAUUUUGUCUAUAUAUCUACUCCUUUAGCUUACAAAUGUUGGCCCAGCCGGAUAUUACUGGGAAAUGUGUGUAUAAUCAUUUUCACAGCCAUUUUCUUUUUAUAUAAAUGAUAUUAUUUUGUCAAUGAUGUUUGAAUGAAAUGAUAAUUACUUUUUUUUUUCGUUUAUAGAUUACCAGAUUUUAAUGUUGAUUGUAUGAUAUUUUCUUGUUGAAAAAAUUGAUGAAAAAAUGGUUAUUAUACGAGGGUUAUUCCCCUUGGUGUGAAAGUCUGUUAAACUGUCUUUGUGUCCGAGAGCAAGAGAGAAUAUAGUUAUUUGGUGUUAAACCUUUGUCCACACUAUACCGUGAUAUUAGUAAAUUUAUUGAAUUAAUUUAUUAUGGUGAUUCUCGUUUAAUCUCUGUAUUACCCCUUCACCUAUUUAUGACACUUUUUUUAGCUGAACUGGUUUCGCUUGCCUGGAAUUGCUUUUACCUUGAUGUUAAUUUAAAUGCUUCCCCAUUUCCGAAGUGGAAUGAUUUCAUGCUUGCUACUGUUAAUGAAACAGAAAGGUAGAAAAAAAAGCAUGCAUUUUAGAAUGUUUUGUAGAAUUGUAAUCGGGUUAGGGUAAAUGGUACUAGUGGAACUCUACGGUGUGAUUAUAAGUGAUCAAUUGGUACCUGAUACCUUGAAUCAGUAUGCUUUGUUAGGUUUUAGAAUUCGUAGUGAGAAAACUGUCACAGGGUAUGUGCUAGUAAACAUAUAGGAUUCUUGCUGGCGACUGUGUAGACUUUUGUUUUCAUUUUACAAAUAUUAGUUAAAUGGUCGACAAAUAGAUAUGUAAUAAUUAUUCACACACACAAUAUAUUGCUAGUCAUCUCCACUGAUCAGUGUUGUCAUAUCAAUAUAUACUGACUGCUCUCAUGGUCAGAAUUGACCUUCAGAUUGAAGAGCUCCUCAUAUGAAUCAAGAUCGCAUAAAUGUUUGCUGUUGUCUAUAUAUAAAUAUAUACUAGAUAUGUUUCAAGCUGAGUGAGGACCUGGAUGUGAGUGGGCAGUGUUGAUGUGUGUAUAAGCAUGCCCAGUAUUGUACCUGGUUGACCAAUGAUAUCGAUGUGUUAAAGAAUUAUGCAAAUGUUACAGAUAUGUCCUAUUCCAUAAUCAAAAGAAUGUAUAUAAACAGUUAAUGGACUAUAUAUUGCCCAUAUGAUUUCAGGGUGGUGAUGUUUUUAUCCAUUAUCAACUGAUAUGUUUUAGAUGUAGUUGUCAAGGUGACCGGUGAUUUGGUUGCUAUGGAGACGGUGGUGAUUCACUGUUGAGGUUAUAUGCGGGUGAAAUGAUAAUGUGAUACAAGAAUGUGUGCUGCUAAUGGAUCGAUAAGCAUGUCCUUUUAGCCAACUUCACACAAUAUUUUAGAAUAUAUUGUUCAGUCUUUUUAAUAUCACAGUUGAGUGAGCACUUUUUUCGUAUUUAGGAAAAAGAAGAUGUAUCCUUGUGUUUUUAAUGAAAAUAAUGAAAGAAAAGGAAUUCAAGGAUGCAACACAUGCCUUUGGCUGAUAGAGUCUGAAAGUGACAAUUACGUGUAUAUUGAGAACGAGCCGAUGCUAUACAUAUCUAUAGACAGUAAUAAAUGUACUAAGUUUUAAAGAAUCGCAUUAAAUUUACGAUCAAAAAGGGUAUAAACUAACUGUAAAUCUUACUUUUGUCAAAAUAGUCUCAACUAAUUUCACUAUCUUACUCUCGUGUUUACAUCAAUAUAUGAGAGUUUUUGUCAGGUAUCAUGCACCACGUGUAAGUUUCGUCUGUUGUGUAAGGUUUUACCAAGUUUACGUAGAUUUUGUUUCCAUGUAGUGCCAUGAGUGUUAUAGGCCACACUGUUUCGUGGUACGAUGUGGCCAAACACGGAUAUCAACAUAUGCAACUGCAAUAAUGACCGACAUAUAGGGCUAGAUAUCAACAUGUUGAGAUGGAAUACUUCGAUAAGGGGAGAUUAUCACUCCUUUGUCUUUUUAACAUUUCAAAAUCUAAAGUCAUAUAUCAUCAAAAGAUCAAUUGUGUUUGUAACAUGUAUUUCAUCUUUUCAAAUGUGAUUAAGUGCAUUUUUACUUGUCUUGAAUAUGAAUGUGCUUUAACCAAGAUAUUGGAACAAUUUACAGGAGGGGCACUAUCGACAAACACUCUCUGAUUACGUAACAGUGAAUAAGGUCACUUCCGUAUUAAAAGUGUGAUGUAUAAGCCUAUUUACUUCUCUUCUUGGUAACAUCUCCAUCCUGAACCAGUUAAUUCUUAUUCACCUGACCAACAUUGAUCAUGUAUUGACUGGGACUCCCAUUGUAUUUGCUGUAAGUCUGGUUGGUCGUAAUGCCACAUUAUGUAUUUACAGUGAAUUCCGUCAUAACUUUUAAAGCUGUUAGUGCAGUAAGCUACAAAGCAGGCUCACUUACAAACAGUAAUAUGGCGAGACAACCAUAUCAUUGAUCCUUAAACCUGUACCGUUAUGUAGUUGUAUGUAAUCAGACUUCUGUCCAUCGUCGUUCAUUUUGGAGCUUGUGCAAUUUGAUAGUUCAUAGGGCCUAUAUUGCUUUGUUAGCAAUCCUUGAUGUGUCAUCCGUCAUUAAUGCUACCUUUAACACUACUUCUCAAGGAAAGCUUAAGAGGUUUCGACGAAAUUUAGUAAGGGCCAUCUUUUGGCCUAGGAAGUUCAAAGGAUUUUGUGUCCCCCACUAGAGGCAGUGAUCAAAACAGAAAGGUCAGUCAUCUUUGAUAACUUAAUUGAGAUUGAAAUUAAAAUUUGAAUUGUACAGCUUGGAAAAUGUCUUGCCUAAGCUUUCUGGUGAUCUCUGCAGUUAUCAUGCUAUUAUUCUUUAGAUAUAUCUAUAGACAGACUGCUGUCAGGGCCUCGAGUCCUGUUUGUACUUACGGUUAUAAAAGGAACCUUGUAGAAAUGUGUCCUCAAACUUCAGUUAUGUUAUAGGCCCAUGUAAACUGGUAAUAUUUGUCUGUACUUUUGUUUAGAUGUAUCAUGUGUAAUGUUUAGUGUGUUGCACUGCUGAGGUUUAUAAUCAGCCACAAGUACCGUCUAUUCCGGCCUCGACCCAACAUAGAAAUCAUGAAAACUUAGUGUAGUCCUACUUUGUGUCAAAAGGAAAACCUUCUGUAUUACAUGUAAUGUUUGCGUGUACUUUUUUUUUCUAGGAGUAAACCUUCAGUGUAUUAUAGUUGUCUAGUUCAUUAACUAAACUUGCUGCAUUUGUCUUAGUGGAUGCAUAACAACCACGAAAACCGUGAAUAUUACAUAACAAACAUUACAUGUUAUAGUAUGCCUGAUGUGAAUGAAGUGAUUACAAGUCAGUCUUCAUCGUUUCUAAUUUGAGUCUGUGGCCACCAUUUUCUUUGCUGACUGUGUAUCAAUGGUACUAUUUUUUUUCGUAUUAGAAAAUAAUGUCCACAUUGAAAUGGCAACCUGACUUAUAUAUAUAAGUGAAAUACAUAUGAAAUCCAUCCAAUAGUAGCAACAAUUAGUAGCCUGUCUCUCAACGCCAUGUUAUAUGUCAAUUUUGUCAAAAUGAUCUCUUUCAUUUUUUUUGUACACAUGAUAGAGCAAUGGAGCUUGUUUUGCUUACAAGACUUACUAUGGAAUCAUUUAUGUGAGACUAGUCUGGAGUAUUUUUCCCUUUGCUGUUUAUUUUUUUCUCUUACAUGCAAUAUUUGCUGCUUAACGUUGAUAACUACCCAGUUAACAAUUGUUUGGGUUGAAUAGUCUGUGAGUUCAAAGUGGAACAAUUUUGUAUUCACUUCAUUUCUUAUGUACAUUCUACCCCUCCAACUUAUAUUGUUUUAAUCACAAGAAGCUAUAUACAACAUUUAAUGUGGUUCAGAACUUCAGCCAAUCAGAUAGCUGCUUUGAUGCAAAAUAGGAAGAUGUAACAGCUAUUACCCUUUUUCCUGUUCAUAAUGUGUUUGAAAAAGAUUAUGGAUAAAAAUAUUCUCUACUUUGAAUGUUUAUUUUAUUCCUGGCCGAUUUUCAAACUUGCAAAAAAUAGGAGUUGGCUUUGUAUAUUGAUGAUUGCCGUCACAUGCUUGAUCUUUUGAUUUUCCUAAUUUGCCUACGAUGGCUGCCCUUAUUCAGUCCUGGAGCGACUGGCCCGGUAAGGUCUCCUUAGUCUGUAUUGCUUGCAAUCUGUUUGUAGCCCAAAGCCCUUAUUUGAGCAGCUUGAAGAGCCAGCAAAUAAAGAUAAAAUCCUUAAAGCUA